AGAUUUGGAAACCGUGACCAAGUGCUCCUGGAUCCCCUGAUAUCUGAAGACCCCGGGAGGCCAAACCCUGUAUUUUUCCCUUUUCUGAGCAAACAGGAAGUCACAUGGCUUUCACAGUCAAAGGACCUGUGUCACCUCUGUGGAGACCUGGGUGACUCAAGCUUGGGAGCACUGGGGAAGAGAGGCAUGGCUCGGGGAGGCUGCAGUGAGGACAGGAGUGGGGAGGAGGGGGAGAUGGAGGAGGAGGCGUGGGAGGGGCAGGGAGAACUUAGGCAGGGAGGGAGCUUGUGUUGGCAGGGGAGUGAAAAGAGAGAUGGAGAAAGAGGGGAUGGGCAAAAAGAGGAGGAGCAGUCAGCGGCAGGGCAUGGAGGUGGGUGGGGCUGGGCUGCCAAAGCAGGAUAAAUGCACACCUGCCUGCUGGUCUGGGAUUCCCACCUCAGGCUCUCACCCUCCUCUCCUGCAGCUCCAGCUCUGUGCUCUGCCUCUGAGGAGACCAUGGCCCGGCAUCUGUGUACCCUGCUACUCCUGAUGGCUACCCUGGCUGGGGCCCUGGCCUCGAGCUCCGAGGAGGAGGAUAGGAUAAUCUCGGGUGGCAUCUAUGAUGCAGACCUCAAUGAUGAGUGGGUACAGCGUGCCCUUCACUUUGCCAUCAGCGAGUAUAACAAGGCCACCGAAGAUGAGUACUACAGACGCCCGCUGCAGGUGCUGCGAGCCAGGGAGCAGACCGUGGCCGGGACGAAUUACUUCUUCGACGUAGAGUUGGGCCGAACCAUAUGUACCAAGUCCCAGCCCAACUUGGACACCUGUGCCUUCCAUGAACAGCCAGAACUGCAGAAGAAACAGUUGUGCUCUUUUGAGAUCUACGAAGUUCCCUGGGAGGACAGAAGGUCCCUGGUGAAUUCCAGGUGUCAAGAAGCCUAGGGAUCUGUGCCAGGCCAGUCACACCGACCACCACCCAUUCCCACCCCCUGUAGUGCUCCCACCCCUGGACUGGUGGCCCCCACCCUGCAGGAGGCCUCCCCAUGUGCCUGCGCCAAGAGACAGACAGAGAAGGCUGCAGGAGGCCUUUGUUGCUCAGCAGGGGGCUCUGCCCUCCCUCCUUCCUUCUUGCUUCUCAUAGCCCUGGUACAUGGUACACACACCCCCACCUCCUGCAAUUAAACAGUAGCAUCACC